AUGGCUUCCUCCCAUUUAUCUGGGAGAGUAAAAGAGUGGAGGUACCGCACUACAAUAGAUAGCCUACCCCUCUCUUUUACCAAGAGGAGCUGCAAUCAGAAAAAAGAGGAAAGCUUUAGACUAGAGAAAGAGACAGUGGAAGAUGGUUGGACGUGUCGGGACGACUGUAAAUACCAGUGCAUGUGGACCACWGUUGGUCUUUACCAGGCAGAGGGAUACAGAGUCCCACAGUUCCACGGAAAGUGGCCGUUUGUGCGCAUCUUGUGCUUUGAGGAACCUGCAUCUGCGCUGGCGUCUCUGCUGAACGGCUUGGCCUGCCUGCUGAUGAUGCUGCGCUACCGGAGCACGGUGCCACGCCAGAGCCCCAUGUACCACACCAUCAACGCCUUCUCUCUGGUGUCACUGAAUGCUUGGUUCUGGUCUACAGUGUUUCACACCCGGGACACAUUUCUCACUGAGAAAAUGGACUAUUUCUGUGCAACAGCAGUGAUUCUUUACUCCAUCUACCUGUGCUGCGUCAGGACUUUGGGUCUGAGGCGGCCAGGCGUGUCCAGCAUGGUGGGCGCUCUGCUCAUCCUGGUCUUCACCUCCCACGUCUCCUACCUGACGUUUAUCAGAUUUGACUACGGAUACAACAUGGCCGCCAACGUGUCCAUCGGCAUGGUGAACAUGCUGUGGUGGUUCUGUUGGUGCUGGCAGAACCGGCGGACUCUCCCAUACUGGUGGAAGUGCGGCCUGGUGGUUCUGCUGCUUCACGGCCUGGCCCUGCUGGAGCUGCUGGACUUCCCGCCGCUGCUCUGGAUCCUGGACGCCCACGCUGUGUGGCACCUCAGCACCAUCCCAGUGCACUUCCUUUUCUACAGUUUCCUGAUAGAUGACAGCCUCUAUUUACUGAACACAGAGAAGCUGGGGGUUAAAGUUGAGUAGGAGGAGCGGAGCGCCUCUUCAUCGCUCACAGAAGCCGCUCCGCCUCCCAGAUGACGCCCACCACACCUCUGACUCRCAUCAAAGUACACUUUGUUUACAUUUUCUUUAUUUGACAUCCAUAUUUGUUUUACUUUGCCUUGCACUGCCAUGGGUGCUACAGUCUUAUCACAACUGCACAUUUUGAGACGCAUUCAGGGGGGAAAUACUUGAAAAGUGAAAGAAAUGCCUGAAACGAAUGAAUGAAACGAAUCCCUUCACCUCUGAGAGAGAAAACUGCAGCACCAAAAAUGGCGNYUGGUUGGUUUUAUCAGCGCUGUGCCUGAAAUGGGCCACUGGACUCAGAGCGGUUCCCUCAUAUGGAGCUGCUGAUUGUUCUGGAAAGGCGGGGAAGGCCGUUCCAGCUGACUGCUUUUUUUUUUUUUCUCACUGUCACACCUUUACUUUUGUGCCUCUCUUGUUUCCAUAGCUGCUUUUGUUUGCUCUUGUUUCUGUUUUUUUUAUCAUCUGCCUUGUUUAAUUUUGACCAGUGUUUCGCUCAGUUUUGCCYUUAUUUUGAUCUUUUUUAUUAUUUUUUGGUGGGAUAUAUUGUCAUUCACCUGGACUGCCUUUUAGAGUGAGGAAAGGUUGAUGUGGGAGAACAAAAAGGGAAGAAAGUUGCUGUGAAUUUGACCAAAUUCUGUGGUUUAGAUKGUGUGAGUGAAGCCGAGUGCUCCAGUGUUUAUUUUCUGAUUUAUUAUUUCAUGUUUUUCUUUUAAUUUAUUGCUUCCACACUGCAAAAACACAAAAUCUUAUCAAGCAUUUCUAGUGCAAAUAUCUUAAUGUAUAUCAAAUAACAAAACURUAAGCUAGUUUUAAAUGGCUUUUCAGCCAGAUAUAGGAGCUUAUUUUGAGUAAAUAAGUCUGUAAUAUUAUUAAAAACAAACGCUAGUUCCACUGUCAGAUUUUUCACUAAUAAGAUAUUUUUUCUUGAUAGAAGUGAAAUAAUUUACCAAUGGAACUCAUUUUUUUCAUCAAUAUUAAGGGAUUUCUGACUCAAAAUAAGCUCCUAAAUCUUGCAAGAGCCAAUUAUGAGUGCGUUUUGUCUUAUUUCAAGUUUGCUAAACACCAGAUGCCAGACCAGGGGUGUCCAAACUGUGGCCCGGGGGCCAUUUCUGGUCCUUGGAUUGAUUUUUUUUGUGGCACAAAUUUGGACCAUCCCACACUUUUUGUAAUUUUUUUAGGCUCUUUUCCACUGCAAGUUUAUAUCUUCUUAAACAGAAAAUGGUAAGCACAACACAAACAWUUUUUUUGAGUUAUUCUUUUUUAAUUAUUAUUUUGUUAUUGGUUGUACCACAAACUUCCUGUGUGUUUUUCCUCUAAUACAGACUUUAUGUCCAUUACAUUUAGCUAAAUACAGCAAAGUUUGUAAAAGAAAAUAAUUAUUUUUGUUGCUGGGAAUUAAAUGAAAACAUUUUAUAGGUUUAKAAAAUAGAAAAAGUUAAAUAACUGUAAACGGUAAGGCAAAUGUAAUGCAUUACAUCAGGCAAAUAGGAAAAAUUCASAAUAAUAUUUUUGCAUUUUUAAUUGGAGCUUUUCCAAGCUCUCUGUGUAAAACGUUUGGACUCCACUGUAACAGACCAGAAAUACUUGGUAACAUUUUGAGUUUUUGCAGUGCAUGUUUCCUUCCUACAUUCAUGUUUGCCUCACACUUCUCCAUCAGCAUGCUUCUUGCAUCUUUACCUUUUAUUUUUUCCCAUUUGAAAUGAAAAGUGAACUCACCCCCUCCCACAUGUGCACUUUAAGAGCCGAGCCGUUUAAACGCCUUUUUGUGAGAACAGACACAGAGAGGAGUGCAGGUGUGUUUACAUGCUGCCUUUUCUGGACAUUUUGUUGUUUUUGCCAUUUAAAGCCUGUUUGUGUGUAAGAGAGCGAUCAGCUGAACUGUGGGAGCCAAAGAAAACCUCAGAGGAGCUGCUGAUCAAAAACUGCUUCAAAGGUUAAAAAGAAAAUAUUAGAUCCUUUGGAUGGCUGGAAGUGCCUCAGCACAAUAAAUAAAUAUGUGAUAACUGAAAUAAAACUGAAAAGAAACGUCUUUAAAAUUAAAGUAAUUGUAUUGAAUAUUCACAAUCUUAUUUUUUUUUUCUGUUUUUAAUUAUUUUGUUUUUGUUGAUCAGUGAAUCAUUAAAUGAAUUAAACCGCAUUUCUGUUGACAAUCUAAUUGUGGAAUUUGAUGUUUCA